AUGCAUCUCAGUCUAUAUUCAACUGCAACCUUAACUGCGGCGGAGCCACCCUCUCACACUCUUCUGCCUUCUAAGCCUCAAGGUCAUCCUGACGUAGCGAUUCAUUACAAUGGAACAUUGGGCUCUGUUAAAUCCCGUGACCUUGUUGUUGCCACUCCGAUUUGCAGCCCUUCAGUCCCUCUGGUGAGAGGCUCUCCAUUUGGUUCACUUCAUUCUGCUUCCGCCAACGGCACAGCUGCCGAAACAGCUAGCAUCGGCAGUAUUCCUGAAGUUCGAAGCGCCCAAAUUGUUUCCUCCAUUUCUGUGAAUGCUGAUUGCUCUGCUCUAGCUUCUGAUACUGCCAUUAAUAGUGCUGCUGGCUCUUUUUCUUUGGCCCCAAGCGUUGCCGAUCGAGGAGGGUGUUCAAUUCUUCGACCACUAAGUCGUACGCCCAUUCUACCUUCAGGGCGAAGCUCCGAUUGGCUUCGCAGGCACAGUAAAAACGAUCGCAACAGUCGCUCUUUGCUUGAAGAUCAAUCUGCAGCGGGAACAGCCUUAAUGCCGGCAACGUCUACUAACCCUAGCACUCCUAGAAGUAGACCUUUGAAGAUGAGUCAGUUUCAAUUCCGCGUUAACUCUAAGGCCACUACCUCUUGA